AUGCGCACUGCACUGGCCUUCGACCCGAGAUUCGCCUGCGUCCUCGUGCUGCUCGUCGUGUCCGUGCACCGAGUGAACUUGAGUUCCGUGGCCCUCCGGAGUACCCCGUCGCAUUCCCGGGAACUGGCGAGGAGUCCCCCUCGUCCCGUCCUCGUCAGGAGUAGGCGCGCGCCCGGUGGCCUCUUGCGGAGGGAUGCUGCCUCCCAACCGGGCCUCGAGCUCGAGGCUUACGACGAGCUGCCCGAGGACGACCUCGAGGAGGAGUACACCGAGAUCAACGUCACCGCAGAAAAAUCGAAAUACCUGGGCUCCCCCUGCGACGACGCGUGCAAUCCGUCGCUGCAGCACGUCCACUGUCACCCCCAGUCAAAGAUCUGCGAGUGCGAAAAACUGUACCCGGUGCAGCUGGGCCCGACCAGAGGAUGUGCCAAACCGAAAAAACUCGGGGAGCAGUGCCUGUACCAGGCGACCUGCCUCUACACGGAUCUUCACUCGACUUGCACGCAAAUCAAGCACAACGCCGUGUGCGAGUGCGAAACCGGAUAUCACCGAUCUGCCUUCUCCAGGCACAAGAAGCAGUUUUGCGCGGCAGAUCUGGUGCUGAUAUCCACGGACCUGCCCACCCUCAUCACCGUCGCCUGUGGGAUAGCGAUAUUCACGGGCCUCAUCUGUUUCGUGCUGAAGCUCUUCAGCCAGGCGCGCUACACGAGGCCGCGGCACUACGCCAACGCCGGGCACCCGCCCCCGAUGCUCUACUCCGCCGAAACGGGUAUCCCACUGACGGCAGGCCGGCCAUCGUCCCGUUCGUCGCAGCGCAGCAGCUCCGGCCUCGGCACCGGCGCCACGGCCAAACUCAUGGGCUACGGUGCGGCUGGGGCCCGCAAAUCCAGCAUCCUCCACCAGCAGCAGGACCCCUGCAACUCGUCGCGCGUCCCCCUCGUCCCGGCCUCCCGAGCAGGUGCGGCCCGCGCCGCUGCCAUCUUGCUGAUCUCAUGCCACCGGCAGGCCUCUGCUGGCUUGACUCUGCCCGCCUCGGCCGCGCCUGCAGCUCACGCCCUCAACAACAUCGCUGAGGCCACGUCCGACGGCCUCGGCUCGCGGCGACCCAGCGUGGCAUCGAUCCACAGCUCGACGUCCUCCGCCAAGAGCUACAGCGCCCGGCGCUUCGAGCGCGAGCGCAACGACAAGGAGCAGCGCCUCAUCCUGGCCGAGUUCAAGCGAGAACAGCAGCAACAACUGCAGCAGCCCGCCCCUUCGCCCAGCCCGAGGACCCCGCACUCGACGGACGAGCUGCUGCCGUCGGUCGAGGAGGCCACCGAAACUUUUUACAACGAGCAGGUGCCGACGACGUCCCGUCGGGCAGAGACAACAAACGCUGGGGCCGAGGACAGGGUGGACACUCCGCUCUUCGAGGGUGACGCGAAGCCGGGCUACACCAACUAUGGCUCGUCGUAACACUGCACCCGUGCCGUGAAAAACGGGUGUAACGCUGCCAUCCUCGUUA